AUGAUGGCUAAGAAGCCCCCAAAACCAGCCCCUCGCAGGAUCUUCCAGGAAAGGUUGAAGAUUACUGCUCUCCCCUUGUACUUUGAAGGUUUUUUAUUAGUCAAACGGCCAGAAUACCAGGAGUAUAAACAUUAUUGGACAGAGUUGAGAGGAACUACACUUUUCUUUUAUACAGACAAAAAAAGUACAAUAUAUGUUGACAAACUAGACAUAACAGAUCUCACAUGCCUUACUGAUCAGAAUUCAACUGAAAAGAACUGUGCAAAAUUCACCCUUGUUUUGCCAAAAGAGGAAGUGCAACUGAAGACAGAGAACACAGAAAGUGGAGAAGAAUGGAGAGGCUUCAUUCUUACGGUAACACAGCUGUCAGUUCCCCAACAAGUGUCACUCUUACCUGGGCAAGUAAUUAGACUGCAUGAAGUCCUAGAGAGAGAGAAGAAAAGGAGGAUUGAGACAGAGCAGCUAUCAAGUACUUCUGUGGAGAAAGAGAAAGAACCAGUUGAAGAUUAUGUGGAUGUACUGAACCCUAUGCCAGUAUGUUUUUAUACAGUGUCCCGGAAAGAAGCAACUGAGAUGCUCAAGAAGAACCCUUCCUUGGGAAAUAUGAUCUUGAGGCCUGGUAGUGACAGUAGAAAUUACUCCAUCACUAUCCGGCAGGAGACAGACAUGCCAAGAAUCAAGCACUACAAAGUAAUAAGCAUAGGAAAAAACUACACUAUUGAACUGGAAAAACCUGUAACACUCCCAAACCUUUUCAGUGUGAUUGAUUAUUUUGUGAAGGAGACUCGAGGAAAUUUAAGACCGUUUAUAUAUUCAACUGAUGAAGACCUUGGCCAAGAACCCAACAUAGAAGAGAGAAGCGAGAAGUUAAAGAAAAAUCCACAC